CCAUAGUGCAGGCUGAUUCCCUCAUCGUCUUAUCCUGUCCUUCAUUUCAACGCCCAUAGUCCCAAGUAAUUUAUAUAUAAUGUUACCGUCUCAGCUGUCCCCAUUGCCCAACUAUUCUAUACUCUUUACUCAGCUCAGCAGGCUUACCAUAUAAAGAACAAACACCGGCUGCACUGAUCACACCCCCCCCUUCUUUCACUUCCCAAUCCCACCGCACAUUUAUAAAGUUUCUAUAUUUUUUUGUUUUCAUUUAUUCAAAGACUUCUCAAAGUUUUUAUUUUGACACCACGCAUUUCAUUUCUCCUAAACCUGGUGGGAUUUGCCUUUUUCCUUUUUUUGGAGUUAAAAAGAGUUCCUUUUCACAGUUUUGAUGGCUUUGAAUUUGGUUUCUUCUCCUGAAAUUAAGUCGAUCUCCUUUGUGGAUUCCACCAAGUCAAAGUCCAAUUCCCUCCCCAAGCUAUUUCCAGGGGGGUUUGUUUUGAAGAGGAAGGACUAUGGCACAACGUUUGGGAGGAGAGUACAAUGUUCAGCUCAGGCUUCACAACCACCACCGGCAUGGCCAGGACGAGCUUUUCCAGAGCCUGGGCGGAAGACUUGGGAUGGCCCCAAGCCUAUCUCCAUUGUUGGUUCUACUGGUUCCAUUGGAACUCAGACUUUGGACAUAGUGGCAGAAAAUCCAGAUAAAUUCAGAGUCGUGGGGCUUGCUGCUGGUUCAAAUGUGACUCUUCUUGCUGAUCAGGUGAAAACAUACAAACCUCAACUGGUAGCUGUUAGAAAUGAGUCUUUGGUAGAUGAACUCAAAGAGGCUUUGGCUGAUAUGGAACAAAAGCCUGAGAUUAUUCCCGGGGAACAAGGAGUUAUUGAGGUUGCUUGCCAUCCAGAUGCUGUCAGUGUAGUUACGGGAAUUGUAGGCUGUGCAGGAUUGAAGCCUACAGUUGCUGCAAUAGAAGCAGGCAAAGAUAUUGCAUUGGCCAAUAAAGAGACCUUGAUUGCAGGAGGCCCCUUUGUCCUUCCUCUUGCUCACAAGCAUAAAGUAAAAAUCCUUCCAGCUGAUUCAGAACAUUCUGCCAUAUUUCAGUGUAUUCAGGGAUUAUCGGAGGGUUCACUUCGGCGUAUUAUUUUGACUGCAUCUGGUGGGGCUUUCAGGGAUUGGCCAGUUGAUAGAUUGAAAGAAGUUAAAGUAGCAGAUGCUUUGAAGCAUCCUAACUGGAAUAUGGGAAAAAAGAUUACUGUGGACUCUGCUACCCUUUUCAAUAAGGGUCUAGAAGUCAUUGAAGCCCAUUACCUCUUUGGAGCCGAGUACGAUGACAUUGAGAUAGUAAUUCAUCCGCAAUCUAUUAUACAUUCAAUGGUUGAAACACAGGAUUCAUCAGUGCUGGCUCAGUUGGGAUGGCCAGAUAUGCGCUUGCCAAUCCUCUAUACCAUGUCAUGGCCAGAAAGAAUUUACUGCUCUGAAAUAACUUGGCCUCGCCUUGAUCUUUGCAAGCUUGGUUCACUAACUUUUAAGGCUCCCGACAAUGUGAAAUACCCCUCCAUGAGCCUUGCCUAUGCUGCUGGAAGGGCUGGAGGUACCAUGACUGGAGUUCUUAGUGCAGCUAAUGAGAAAGCUGUAGAACUAUUCAUCAAUGAAAAGAUCAGCUAUUUGGAUAUUUUCAAGGUGGUGGAGUUAACUUGUGGGAAGCACCAGGAAGAAUUAGUGGCCGCUCCUUCCCUAGAGGAAAUUAUACAUUAUGACUUGUGGGCGCGAGAGUAUGCCGCCAGCUUGCAACGCUCUUCCGGUCUAAGUCCUGUUCUUGCAUGAGUGAUGGCUUGCUCAUGCUGACCAGGCCGACAGUGGCUCUAUCUUGAAGACUUGGAAGUUUCAAAUUUAUGCUGAAGGCUGGCGAUGCUGCAAAGGUUUGCGGGGGCAUUGAGAAAUUGUAUCAUAUAUAUAAUAUGAAAAUGGACAUCCUGAAUAUCAUUCAUUCCCCUGAUUAGUUGUACAUUGUCAAACACAUUCCGCGGUAUAUUGAUAGCAUUAAAAUGAUUUUUAGCUUAUAUAACCUAAAGGGGGGAAGAUGAAAGUACAGAGUGAAAAGGGUGGAGAACAAUGAAGAUUGCUUUUUGCGGUACCAAAAGUUGUCAUUUCAUUUACAUAUUGUAGUUAUUUCUGCAUCGGUGGAUAACAAAACAAUCAUUCGCGACACUUGGUCUUCUUAUGAGUGAUUUUACUCUCAGCUGCCUUAAAUUUCCUUGUUUUAAGGGCCGUUUGGUUUAUGGUAUCUUGAGUGCUCUUUGAGAAUGGGAUUUUUCCAUUGCACUAUGUUUGGUUUGGUAUGAAAGAACACAUAGGUUUGGUAUGAAGAAAGAACAAUGUGGUG